AUGAACGAGGAUGGUCUCCUUGACCAGAAGGAGCGGCGUGUAAGGCAGAAGCAAAGACGUCAGUGUAGGGCGAGUGAACGGGCCGGGGCCAAGUCUCCGCCUUUGGAGCCUCCCUAUCAGAAAAAGAUAGCCGCCUGCUUCCAUCGCAGCCACAGCCACCUAUUGCGCGGCCUCGCGAAUUCCCCAAUUGACAUGAACCGAAUUCCUUUGAGGGCCCGUCGGGGCACCCAGUCUCCAGGGGCUGCGAUUUGCCACUUCUGUGAAUUCUCCUCCUCGACAUCGCGCCGUGCCCUUCCCCUCGCUCGAUUGAACGCAAACCCUCAAAGUCGGGUUUCAAGCAGCAAUCUCGCAUUGCAACCGUCGCGACCGAAUGUACCACAGCCGCUGACAUCCUCGGCCUCUGCCACACGGUAUAAGUCGCGCAUAGCUUCUCAAAAGGCCGAGAAGCCCGUGGAAACCGACCCAAGCCCAGAGCAUCUUUCUGGCACGAACGACGAUAAUGGCGCCAGCGAGACUUCCCACCGUUCUCUCGAGGACCUCAUCAAAAUCACAACGGAUUGUGAAGCAACGGCACUCAGCAUCCUAGAGUCUAGCCAAGUACCUGAAAAUAAAGACGUGGAGGACACCCUUCUCAAAUGCGAAGAGACAGCUCGAUCACUCUCCCCAUACUGGGAUUUGCGUGAUGACAACUCGACAAGUGGUGAAGGGAAUGCGAUUUCGUCACUACUAGAGAUGGAGGAAAAGCAGGGAUCCGCAACCCAGCGCCACGAGGUGGAAGAAGUCCUGCACGGGUUGGCAGACCGAGUCUCGGACAUCAUGACACAGUUAAUCAAGGAUGAGAAGGUAUUCAUCUCCCCCGCGGCAUUGGAGCGUUACGUCGGAGCCCAGUGUAUCUUGAACCGAGCCGAACAUCUGCCAGAGGUCUUCCAUCUCUAUGCCAACAAGCCGAUUCCCGAGGAGAAGAGUAGCCCGCCUAAAUUCCACAAGGCGAAUCCAAAGGAUGUGAACAGUGCCGUCUCCGCAGAACUGGCAAACCAGGCUAUCGAUGUCGCCAUCAAGCAAAAGAAUCUCCCCCUGGUGCUUGCAAUGAUCGAUAACACCUUUUGCGCCCCGGCUUUCCAUCGCGCAAAGGUCUUCCGGAAGGCUGCCGUUCCCCUGGCCGGUCUGGCCGCUGCCCCGGCCGCGUGCUUCACGCUCGCAUCUUGGGCGUCAAGUUUCCAGAAUACCAUGGAUCCGAGCACGGCGACUGGUAUCGCAUUUGCCGCGUCACUGGCCUAUGUUGCGGGCACUUCCUCAAUUGGUAUUUUGGCCAUUACCACUGCCAAUGACCAGAUGAAGCGCGUUACCUGGCUGCCCGGUGUCCCCCUGCGGCAUCGAUGGCUGCGCGAGGAGGAGCGCGCUGCGCUGGAUAAGGUCGCUUGCGCAUGGGGAUUCCAGGAUCCGUAUAUGCAUGGAGAGGAGAUAGGCGAGGAAUGGGACAGUCUCCGCGAGUUUAUUGGCAUGCGGGGUAUGAUUCUGGAUAAGACAGAGUUGAUGGAGGGCAUGCAGUAG